UCGUCUUGUUAGCAAUUUUAUGUUUCAGUCUGCAUCACAGGGUCCUCCUCCCUCCUCCCUCCUCCUCCUCCGUCUCUCCUCUCCCUCAUCCAUCCCUCCUCCUCACAAUUCCCCGGUGCUGCUGCUGCCUCCGUGUCCUCCGUGCGGCGCAGCGCAGCGCGGCCAUGGUGGACUCUGCCGGCGCGAUGAAGAUCUCCUCGGUGCCGGAGAUCAAACCGCUGGACCAGUACGACUUCAGCCGGGCCAAGAUCCGCGCCAGCGUCCGGUGGCUGCUGUCGAAAUCGUACGGCUCUGCAGAAAACGUUCCUGUCGAGCUGCGGGAGCCGCUUUACAAGGACCAGUAUGAACAAGAGCACCUCAAGCCGUCCGUCUCCAAGCUGCUUCUUUCCCCUGAGAUCUACUGCCGAGCGCAGGCCCUGCUGGCCCAGGGACACGGGGUCUCCCUGCCAGCGUCACAGGGGCCCCCGGCCGACAACUCCGCCCUGCUGCAGUUCCUCAUUAAGAAAGGUUUCACUCCAAAGGUCCAGGAGGCGGACGUCACCGAGGAGGAACUCAGCUACGUCCCCAUCAAGAUGAAUGUCCACCUCGCCAUGAUUGACGCUCUGAUGACACUGGCGGCCAAAGAGACGGUGGGCAGGGUGAAGAUGGCGGCGGAGGCGGAGCAGAUGGGUGUCGGGGCGCCGUGGGAGAACUCUCUGCUGUUCUGGGUCAACAGGCUGAACCAGAAGUUGAGAGAAAUCACAGAAGAUGACGAGCCGCCCAAGCCGCAGACGUGCACAGACCUGCAGCCUGCUCAGGACGCGUGUCAAUCCACCCGCUGGUACUGGAAACUAGUCCCACAUGCUAUCGCUUUUUGUUUGAAGGAGUCGGGGAAUAAGCCGCCAGUGAUUCGCUAUAGGAAGGAUAAAGUGCAGUCUAAGCUGACUCCUACUUUCCCUCUGGUUUGUGCGGUCAAAGAUCUUUCUAAUGGCUGUGCUAUAGCUGCCGUGUUGCACUACUACUGCUCCAGCUUGCUGCCUCUGGAGGAUGUGUGUCUGAAGGACACCAUGUCGGUGGCUGACAGUCUCUACAACCUGCAGCUGAUCACAGAGUUUUGUGAGAGCAGUUUACAGAGCUGCUGCCCCCUCGCGCUGGAGGACCUGCUCUACGCUCCGCCGGUUCUGCAUUUAAACAUCAUGAGCUUCAUAGCUGAGCUGCUGGAGUGGCUUGAAGUUAAGAAGCCUGAUUUUGUCAAGCCCAUACAACCCAUUGACCUCACAGAUGUCUCAGGGUUACUAGACUGUACAAGUCCGGUCAGCGGGAACAGCAACAGUGGUUCUCCUUCCUUCAUUUUAAAGCAACCACUUGUGCCCAUCUCCUCACCUGUAUCGCCAGAAAACAAAAGUUGGACAAAGAAACAAAUCAGUCGUCCUUUGUCAGCAGUGACUUUCAGCAUCCCAUUUGGGCUGGACAGUGAUGUUGACAUUGUCAUGGGAAACCCAAUAGAUUCUGUCUUUCGCUCUGUCAGCUCUGACAGCCUCACUACUGGCAUCCCUGCAAUGACCUCACCAUCAGCAGGGAUGAAUCAUGUCCCCUACAGUCCUCCAGAAGACUUCAGCCACCUGGUCAGCGCUUCUGCACCAUCGCAGCGCUCGUCCUGGGGCCCUUAUGCACAUACGACGCCACUGGGAGAGCUGCCGACCAUCGAGGAAGCAAAACAGGCGGUUCACUUUCCUGGCAACAAAGAUCGGAGGAAAGGAAGGACAGCAGAGAAAGGAGGAAAAGGAGUGUUGGGUGGACGGCCAGAGCCCAGGUUACGUCCUGAAGGAGCGCCUGCUGGUUUCUUCCUACACUCCCCAGAGGAGGAUAACCCCCAGCUCAGUAGCUCUGCUCCCUGUCGCUCUGGAGUCCUCUACCGGCCUGUUGGAGGAGACGUAGGUGAUACUAAAAGGCAAGGAAGGGGAGAGAGGACGGAGAGAUCAGGAUGCACCUCUGAUAUGUCACGUGAUGAUGAUUCUGUUCUACGAGAUGGCAGCGUUGACUCCUCUGAAGCAUCGGACGAUACCCCAAGAAAUGCCCCUGGUAAUAUUCGACCCAGUAAAGGCCACCAUGGAAACCACAGCACCAGCAACAGUCCACGCAUGACAAGCUUUGCUGAACGACGGGACAGCAGACGAAGACAUCCCGCUGCUCCCGGGGAGGAAUCAACCUCUGCCCCAACCCCAACAACCCCAGGCACUCCACAUACACCCUCCACUCCAGCAGGGGCAAAUGGCCGCCAGGACAGUCCAGGUCCCAGAGGCCCUGAGCCAGGCUCUGAGGCGUGGGAGCUGGGGGUUCGUCUGGAGGAAAAACGCAAAAGCAUUGAGGCCCAAAAAAGGCGUAUUGAAGCCAUCUUUGCCAAGCACAGACAGAGACUUGGAAAAACUGCUUUCCUUCAGCUGAAAAGAGAGCAAGGAGAGGGAGGAGGGCAGGGAGCAGAAGAGGAUAAUCUUACCCUGGAGGAGCGCCUCACGCGUGUGGAGGAGCAACUGAAACAGGAGGAGGAGAAGGAGGAAAAAGAAAAGGAGAAAGAAAAAGAUGAAGAAAAGGAGAAAGAGAAGCCAUCUGUUUCCAACCCUCCUCGACUAGAGAAGCAGGUCACAUUCUCUAUUGAAAGUCAGAAAGGGGCAGAGAAAGAGAAAGGAGGCGAAGCUGUCUUUGUGGAGUACAACGAAGUGGUGCAAAAACUGAGUGAAGCUCUGCAGUCUCUGCAGAAAGACAUGCAAAAACUUACAGAACAGCAACAGCAGCUCAUGAGCAACCAAAGACCCAGAAACCCACCCAAAACACCCAAAGGAAAUGCCAAAACACAAUCCAAAACUCCUCCUCACACCCCAACAAAGACACCACCUAGAACCCCAACAAAGACUCCGUCAAGGAGUACCAGCAAAGCCUGGGUUAUCCCUUCUGGCUCUAACCCCCCCUCUGCCUCCUCACCGUCACGGCGUUCUCAAGUUCUUACCUCCCCAAAAUCUAUCAUCUCUUCCUCUUGUCCAGCUCCUCGCACUAAGAUCCACUCCUCCUGCACUCCCCGCAGCCCCAAACACUAUCCCCGCCCCCAACAUCAGCCUCACCCACGGCCUUCCGAACUCAAAUUCCCCCCACUCAACCGCGUCUUGACACCAACCCAGAAUGUGGACACCCUCCCCCACUUGCGCCGUGUGUCCCCAAGCAAGUGUCAGGUUCAGACCUCCUCUUCUUUCCGUAUCGGUGGACCUCAGACUCCCCAGGAGUCUCCUCAGCCCAUCCAGCAGCCGCAACCUGAUGAGUGCACCUCAGACACAGGCUCUAGUGAGACACCAACUCAGUUCAGCCUGGAGCUAGAGCAGGAGGAGGCUGUAGGAGGACUGCCGGUCUUGGCACAGUCGAAACAAGAUUGCCCCCGGGCCGCUGGUGGAAGCAGCUCUGGAGCUCCUUCUGAGUGCUCAUUCGAGAGUGAGACCUUUUCCAUUUCUGCCGCGCACAGUGCAGGAGGUGAAGGUGGCAGAGUUUCAGGGAAGCGCUGCAGCGUGAUUGAGGUCUCAUUGUCAUCUCUUGGAGGGCCAGAGGAGGGCAGUGAUGAACCAACUGAUGAAGGACAGGAGUUUUCCUCUGAUUCUAUGAGCGACCACACAGAGUCUGCUUUGGAACCUGCUAGAGCACUCGCUGCAGAACCUCUAGAUCCCAUAGAGCAGCUAGAACUGGCCACAAGAGCUGGUGACUUGUUAGAGCAACAAACUGAAUCCAAAGGAGAACAGACGAAACAGACUGAAACUUUGGAUCCAGGUGGAGAACAGAAUGAGAUGGGAACAAGAGGAGGAAUCCAAUUCUUCUUUAAGGAGGAGAUACAUAGUGAGGAGGAGAUGGCCCAGCGUAGAGCUUUCCUGUUGGAAAAACAACAGAAGAGAACUGAGGAGAUGAAGAAGAGGAGACAGUGGCACGAACCAGAAAGGGAAAACGGUUUCAGACCAGCACCAGACAAACGAGUGGCAUCUCCCUCCAAUACACCUCCUGUGGGCACGACCUCACCUUCCCCGACACCUCCUGCUACGCCAGCCCGUCGGGGAGACUUCACACGAGGGGAAUAUGCACGACGGCAACAGCUGAGGAUCAUGGAUGACUUGGACAAAGUGCUCCAGCAGAAAUCAACCAAUCAAGGACGAUCUUCUGCUAAGAAAACUCGCUCCAGGCCUCGCAGCAUGACCAGGGAGGAAACGCAGCUCUCUCUAAGUCCAGCCAAGGGAGCAACUGGCUCUAAGUUGACCAAAGUCUACUCUCACUCCUCCCUCAACCUGGCAGCCAUGGACGAGCCAGGAAAGAAAUGUGCAGAACCCACAAAGAAACCCAACAGCCGCCCUGAUUCACCUGCUGCGUGUGUGACACCAAGCAGACUGGCAAAUCAGAAUGGAGAUAAAGAAUGGGAGACUGGUUCCAAUGGUACCUCGCCUGCCCCGGAAUACACAGGUCCAAAGCUCUUCAAAGAACCAAGUUUCAAGUCCAACAAAUUCAUUAUUCACAAUGCUCUCUCUCGCUGCUGCCUCGCUGGAAAGGUCAACGAGACUCAAAAAAACAAGAUAGUCGAGGAGAUAGAGAAGAGUCCCGCCAACCACUUCCUCAUCCUCUUCCGGGACUCCAGCUGCCAGUUUAGGGGCGUUUACACCAUGAACCCGGACUCCCAGGAGCUCGUACGACUGGCUGGCGUGGGCCCACGAACAAUUAGCUCCACCCAAGUGGAGUCCAUCUACAAGUACAGCUCAGACAGGAAGCAGUUUAGUGCCAUCCCCUCUAAAACCAUGGGCAUGAGUGUGGACGCCUUCACUAUCCCCGGCCAUCUUUGGCAAGGAGGAGGAGCAGGAGGAGCAGGAGGAGGAAGCAGGAGGGCGAGCAUUGCUAAGAAGGCAGUCACUUCCAAGUGAGGAACUUAACACAUCACAGUGACACAUCAUACAGGAAACACUAUAAUUAUAGUGAAAAAAGUAGUCAAAUACGAACAACGGCCCUGUGAUUUUACUGCAAAUUUUACUACAAAUACAAAAACAGAAAAAAAUGAUUUGUACUCCCCAUUUAUGUGCAUGAAAAUGUUAACAGCACAACCUUCUUUUUUG